AUGGCAUUGCAGGGACAGACGUUCUGCUUCUCGGCAGCUGGAUUUAUCGCUUGCUCAGCAAUCGUUCUGCUUUGCAGUUCCGAGGUCCUGUCCAGCUGGGAGGAAUGGUGGACAUACGAUGGCAUUUCCGGUCCCAGCUUCUGGGGCCUCAUCAAUCCGCAGUGGAAUAUGUGCAACAAAGGACGCCGCCAGUCGCCCAUUGAUGUGGUGCCCGACAAGCUGCUCUUCGAUCCGUACCUGCGACCGCUGCACAUUGAUAAGCACAAGGUUUCCGGCACGCUGCACAACACGGGUCAAUCACUCGUCUUUCGCGUGGACAAGGACACAAAGCAGCACGUGAACAUAUCCGGAGGUCCUUUGGCCUAUCGCUACCAAUUCGAGGAGAUUUACAUACACUACGGCACCGAGAACAGUCGCGGCUCCGAGCACUUCAUACAGGGCUACAGUUUCCCGGGCGAGAUACAAAUCUAUGGCUUCAACAAGGAGCUGUACCACAACAUGUCCGAGGCGCAGCAUAAAUCACAGGGCAUUGUCGGGCUCUCGUUGAUGGUGCAAAUUGGCGAAACGCCCAAUCCCGAGCUGCGCAUCAUAACAAGCACAUUCAACAAGGUGCUCUAUAAAGGCUUCUCGACGCCCAUUCGGCACAUAUCGGUGCGAUCGCUGCUGCCGAAUACGGAUCAUUAUAUUACGUACGAGGGAUCCACCACGCAUCCGGGCUGCUGGGAGAGCACCGUCUGGAUAAUAGUUAAUAAACCCAUCUAUAUCACCAAACAAGAGUUAUAUCAACUCCGACGACUGAUGCAAGGCUCCGAGAGUACACCGAAAGCUCCAUUAGGUAAUAAUGCGCGACCCGUGCAAAGCUUACACCAUAGAACCGUAAGGACGAACAUAGAUUUUAAGCGUCAUAAGAAUCAAAACGCAUGCCCUUCCAUGUACAAGGACAUGUACUAUCGAGCGAAUCGCUGGUCGCCAGACACGGGACUUCUGAUACGUUGACGACAACAACAAAUAGAACAAAAACUGGAACUGGAACUGG